AUGCAACAUCGGGAGGAGGCACAAAUGGGCGAAGAUGUUGAGACUAUCCUUGCCAAUCAGCUAGCCGCUACUCCAGUUCAGCAGCAUAUCCCGCAAACGUUCCGUGGACCGUUCAUCAGUCGGGAAAACGAGUACAGGAUCGCCUACGACAAACACUACACGGGUGGACAGAACAUACAUCCUCACUUCCUUUCGAAGCACUACAAGGAACUGAUGUUCUCCUACUACGAUGACGACUUUGCGCGAGACUACUACGUUCAAGAUUACACCAUAACGGCUGAUACAUGUAUGUUUUUUGGUACGACUAAUGUUGUAGAGGAGGCACCCCUUACUUUAUUCAGUUUGGAUGAGGCGCGCGGAUCUGUCAACGAAGUUGUGGAGAAAAUUGCGCUGGGAGGUCCAUCCUCUACUGGUUGCCUUUCGGAAAUCUCUGCAAACGUUUGUGGUGAGCGUUCAACUUAG